AUGGCUGGCCCCCCACGGCCUGCCUCAGGGCUGCCGACCAGACGAACAGCGACAGCGACGCGCCCGACCACAAGAAGACUCGGCUCUACGAUGUCAACCACGGACAGAGCGGCAUCUCCAGCGAUCGCAUCCAAGGCGCCCUCAUCUAGUGCAUCGCGUGCGACGAAAUCAGCAGUCGAACCUGCUAGCAUUACCGCGAAACGCAAAGAACGAGACUUCGAGCGCGAGAUCAACGAAGAUACGAGUAUUCAUGUCGUCGUCCGGUGCAGAGGCCGGAAUGACCGAGAACUCAAGGAAAACAGUGGAGUUGUAGUGUCCACGGAAGGCGCCAAAGGACAAACCGUGCAACUGUCGAUGGGCCCAAAUGCAUUGGCCAACAAGACCUACACUUUCGACAAGGUCUUCUCAGCGGCUGCGGACCAAAUCACCGUCUACGAGGAUGUUGUGAUCCCGAUUGUCAACGAGAUGCUCGCUGGCUACAACUGCACCAUUUUCGCGUACGGACAGACCGGAACCGGAAAGACUUACACCAUGUCCGGCGACAUGACCGACACGCUGGGCAUACUAUCCGACAAUGCCGGUAUUAUACCUCGUGUGUUAUAUUCAUUAUUCCACAAGCUGCAGGACACAGAAAGUACUGUCAAGUGUUCUUUCAUCGAGCUGUACAACGAAGAGCUCCGCGACCUGCUUUCGGCCGAAGAGAACCCCAGACUGAAGAUCUUCGAAAAUGAGUCAAGGAAAGGCCACAGUGGAAGUACGCUUGUACAGGGAAUGGAGGAAACGUUCAUCGACUCUGCGUCCACCGGCAUCAAACUUCUCCAGGAAGGUAGCCACAAGCGUCAAGUUGCCGCCACCAAAUGCAACGAUCUGAGUUCCCGGAGUCACACGGUGUUCACCAUUACCGUGAUGACGAAACGGACAACGGAGUCUGGCGAAGAGUAUAUUAGCUCUGGAAAGUUAAACUUGGUCGAUCUGGCUGGUAGCGAGAACAUCCAGCGCAGUGGGGCGGAGAACAAGCGUGCGGCAGAAGCUGGUCUUAUCAACAAGAGUCUGCUCACUUUGGGCCGGGUCAUCAAUGCCCUGGUCGACAAAAGCCCCCACAUCCCCUAUAGAGAGUCGAAACUCACUCGCCUCUUGCAAGACUCACUUGGUGGAAGAACCAAGACAUGUAUUAUUGCGACCAUCUCGCCGUCACGCAGCAACCUGGAAGAGACGAUUUCCACAUUGGACUAUGCAUUUCGGGCCAAGAACAUUCGCAACAAACCCCAGAUCAACUCCACCAUGCCGAAAAAGACCCUCCUGCGAGAAUUCACAACUGAGAUCGAAAAGCUAAAGGGCGAGCUUAUUGCCACGAGACACCGGAACGGCGUGUACAUGAGUGUUGAUGCAUACGAAGAGAUGACCAUGGAGAGCGAGUCUCGCAGGAUUGUUAACGAGGAACAACGCGCGAAGAUUGAGUCUAUGGAGUCCAGCCUGCGCCACAAGGUCCAGGAGCUUUUUUCUCUUACGAGCAAUUUCAACGACCUCAAAAAGAACAAUGAAGAGACACGGAAUGCACUGAAGAAAACGAACGAUGUCCUCGAACAAACUGAGAUUGUCCUUAAGGAUACCAAAUCGCAACUUGAAGAGGAAGAAAUUCUCCGCAAGGCGCACGAGGAUACAGAGGCUCACCUUCGCGACAUUGGGGCUGGUCUGCUUUCCACCUUGGAUACCACUGUGGCGGACAUCAAUGGACUUCACGCGAAAAUCGAAAGAAAGACCAAUCUGGACUCCGCCAACAAGGAAGCCUGGCAGGUGUCUGCGGCCGAGGUUUCGGACGUGACCCAGGUGGUCGAUUCCAGACUCGAGGAUUUCCAGAUGCAGCACUCCGAGCUGGUGGAGGCCAUGUCGAACAAGAUCAACGAGUUCGUCACGACUGAGAUUGAGAACAUCGAGUUGAACAAAUCGCAGCUGCUAGAGACCAACGACCUUUUUGACAAAGCCGAGCGGGAGGCCCAUUCACAGACAUGCGCUGCCCAUGACGAGAUGAACGAAGUACUUGAAGAGAUUAAGGACCUGCGUGAAGAGGUCAAGGGUAAAGUUGGUGAUGGCCUCAAUGGUCUGUCUGCCGCUGCUGCUCGCAUUUCCAAGGAGGUGAUCGGCGAAUUCGCGGAUUUCAAUGCCCAGCUCCAUUCAUCUUACAGCACCCUUGGAAAGGACCUCAAAUUUGUAUUUGAGGAAAUGGUGGCUCAAUUGAACGGGCAAAGGAUGGAGAUCAACAAGCUGAGAUUGGAACUUCAGGAAGCCAAUCAGAAAGCCGUCGAGGCGAAUCGCAAAGUCUCAUCGCAUUUGGCACAGACUCUAGAAGAGGAGAAUGCAAAUGCAGAGGCUGAGCGUGAUCUCCUGCUUUCUCAAGUGAAGUCUCUCAUCGAAGACUCCCGCCAAAGGCAGUGUAGCCGUCUCAAGGGCAGGAUCGACACGAUGCGUACUGAGCUCUCUGCUUCGGGUGACUCCUUGGAGCAUGCGACCGCCCAUUAUGAUCGCCAGGUUGAUGAAUGGGUUUUCAAGUCGGAGCAAUUUGCUAAGGAUGUGAUUGCCACUAAGGACGAGAUGAAAUCGAAGAUGCAGAGUGACUGGGAGGUAAGUUUUGACUCGCGUCAUUCCUCUCCAAAAAUAUCAAUACUAAUCACCUCGCAGAGUUUCGAACAACGCAACGCAUCUAUUCACAAAACAACUGAGGCGGUGCAUGAAGAAACCGUUCGAAUCGUUGAUGCUCAGAUGAAGAAUAUGAGUAAACAGAUGGAAGCUUUGGAUGACUUCGUAGCCAAGGCACGCUCUCAGAAUGGUGUUUACCGAGACGCCCAUCUUUCAAGCCUCCAGAACAUGUCCUCCAACGUGCACGAGUCAUAUGACUUAGUCCACACGCAAUUGUCGGACUUGGGCAGUCGUCUUCAGGAGCUGCAGGAAGGGGCCAUCCAGCAGCAGACAAAUCUACACGAGUCUGCCAUGCCGUUGUCAGACGAUGUGAGGAAGUCGCUCUUGGAGCUUCGCGAACACAUUCAACGCCGAGCAUUCGCGGAGUACGUUGCGACUGGCAUCACCCCCAAGAAGCGUCACUAUGAGUAUCCUGCCGACCUGCCUCGGACUGAGGCACAUGAGAACAUCAAAUCAAGGUUGAGGACCUCUAGGGAGUUUACGGCUCUUCCAUUCAGUGGCGAAGACCGAAUUUCGGUGCUUGAUAGCUCCCCUGCCACCACACCAGCGAAAGGAUUCGUUUUUCACGACGCCGAGGACGAGGUAGGAUCUCUACCACCCAAGACCACUGUCACACCUUCCAACAGCGGCCUUAGGGAAGUCGAUGCAAACGUCGCCGCCAAAGGCCUCGUAGCUAGUGCGGCCGAUGACAAGGCCACGCGCAAGUCCUCUAUCGUGACGGCUGAUGCGGACUGUGAUGGUGCAGAGCAGCCGCCUCCCAAGAGACGUUGUUCAAGCACCACGACCGCUGACGCCAAAAUACCUCAGAAAUUACUCAACCGGAAGAUGGCUGGAAUCAUGGAGGGCCCAGAGAAUGUACCACCGGUGGAAACCCCGAGUGGCAGAAGACUUCGAAAUCGGCCUUCUCCUUGA